AUGGCGGUGACUGUGAAGACGACGGAACGGUCUCCCAGCGAGGCUCCCAAGGCCGAUGUCCACGUCGUCCGUACGAAACACGCUGAGCACGCGUGCGCUACGCCUGCGGUUCCGACCACAAGCACUCCACGACUACCUGCAUCGCGCCUUGUCAUCGUGUCUGUGACCACGGCUCAUGCCCUUCUUCGUGCAACCAGCCGUGCGCGCCUUGCGCGGAGACUUGCACCUGGGGGUGCGAGCAUCAUCAAUGUGCGAUGCCGUGUGGAAUGCCUUGCGACCGCCUCCCGUGUGACCAACUGUGCCAGAAGACUCUGCUGUGUGGUCACCCGUGCCCGUCGCCUGGAGCAGAUGGUUGACCUCAUCAUGCAGUCCACCCUCCGUGACACGCUCAAUGACGACCCAGGCGUCCGGUUCGUCACUCUGAAUUGCGGUCACAUCUUCACCAUUGAGACCCUCGACGGACACAUGGACCUCAACUCAUACUACCAAAACGUUUGUGGAAAGUGGUGCGGCCUUCUCACCCCAACCGGAUACCAGAAACGCAAGACCUGUCCGUCGUGUCGUGCUUCGAUUUCGUCCCCCCGCUACAGCCGCGCAACGAAGCGGGCUCUCCUCGAUCUUCAGGAGCAGGUCGCCGUAAUCCGCUUCGCCGCUGUCCUCCAGGCCCACUCCACGACUCUGGUCGCCAUCAAAGAGGAGGGUACCAGGGCCGACGUCAAGAAGAUCCUCAACCAGGUGUUCCCCUCGCCCGUGACCAAGUUUAAGGGAAAGCGGAUGGUCGCUGAGCUUGGCACAUUCACUGACAAGAUAAUCCACUGUAUCAGCGUCAAGGCUUUCAUGGGCAACAAAAGCAACAUGUUUGGCAUCUCCGGUGUACUCGGUAACGCUUGGCGCAAGGUCGCACAGCGCCACCUCGACCUCUACGCUGGCCUCGCUAAGCUCGUCAACCAGGACGGCAUGCCGCACAGCGUGGCAUACCAGGGUGCGAUCUCGUCUAUUUACUUCAAAGAGCUUGACAUUGCGAGGGAAUCCUCUCCCUCGGCGACUCGUGAUCCCAAGAAGGCAGCGCUUCUCAUGGCCCGGCGCCGUGUUGGCGCGCCUCCCCCACAGGGUCAGGCUGUGUUCAGCGUGGGGGCGCUCGCUCUCACCAUCGAAGUGCGCCUCAAGAUGUUCCGUGUCGCUCUCUCCUUUGUUGACCAUUUGUGGAACGGUGAGGGCGUCAGAGGCUUCAAGGGUCGGGACGACCCCAAGCAUGAGCAUGAGGCCAUCACGGCCUCCCGGAAGGGCGCAGUCUCUUUCCCGCGUCUUGCAACUGGCCUGUUACUAUCUUGCAUCCGUGAUGCCCAGGUCAUGAUCGGUCGCGCCUCAAAGUCGGAACUCCCCCGCCUCGUUCUCCAAGGUCACUUCCUCUGGCUCGACGUCGCCUUCAACUUGACACGGUACAAGUCACUCUGGGCUCUACGCCAGCUACCUGGCGAGGCUGCUGCGACCAUGCGUACCGGCCUGGUGCACCGCUCUGUUGAAGAGCGUGCACACUGUAAAACGCGAUUCCUCAAGGCCGUCGGCGUCCUUUCCGUUGAGCAGAAGAAGAACGAGCCUUUCCUCGCCGAGGCUGAGAAGAUUCGAGGGCUGGCCGAGAAGAUUGUGGACGACUGA